UGUGACGGAAGUGACAAUUAGAGCGGAAGUGACCUGGUUUUAGUAUUUGGUGCUAUGGCGGCCCGCAAUUGUGGUAGUUCGCUGGAUUUGGGCUGGAUAUCCAGAGUUCAAGUGAACCAACCUGCUGUUGUGAGACGUGCAGAGCAAAUACAGACGAGGAGGAAUUUGGCCAAGGAGUGGCAAGCUGCAUGGCUGUUGAAGGCUGUCACCUGUAUCGACCUCACCACACUAUCUGGCGAUGACACACCUUCAAAUGUUCAGAGACUUUGCUACAAAGCCAAGCACCCAAUCAGAGAAGACCUACUAAAGAGUCUGAACAUGGAAAAUAAAGGUAUCACUACUGGUGCAGUAUGUGUUUAUCCAUCUCGGGUGUCUGAUGCAGUACAAACAUUGAAGAAUAUAGAGUGCAAUAUCCCUGUUGCUUCAGUGGCAACUGGUUUUCCUGCUGGACAGACACCACUGGCGAUACGUUUGCAGGAAAUAAAAUUGGCAGUUGAAGAAGGUGCUAGAGAAAUUGAUAUUGUAAUCAACAGGACCUUGGUGCUGAAAGGCCAGUGGGAAGAGCUGUAUAAGGAGAUUGAACAAUGUCAUGACGCCAGUGGAGAAGCCCACAUGAAGACCAUACUAGGAACAGGAGAAUUGGGAUCCUUGACAAACGUCUACAAGGCUAGUCUUGUAGCCAUGAUGGCAGGUUCUGAUUUUAUUAAAACCUCUACAGGAAAAGAAGGGGUGAAUGCAACGUUCCCUGUUGCCCUAGUGAUGGUGCGGGCUAUCAGAGACUAUUAUUGGAAGUUCGGUUACAAGGUUGGGUUUAAGCCAGCAGGUGGUAUUCGCAGUGCGAAGGAUGCAUUGACCUGGCUGUCACUGAUCAAAGAAGAGCUGGGCAAUGACUGGCUAAAGCCAGAAUUGUUCCGAUUGGGCGCUAGCACUUUACUUUCUGACAUUGAAAGACAGAUCUAUCAUCAUGUGACAGGAAGGUACGCAGCAGCUCAUGAAUUGCCAAUGGCUUAAAAGAGUGCCAGCCCAGGAAAUGGUCUCAAUUUUCAUUCCCUGCAUCAUUUCUCCACCUCUGUGUAUGUUACUUUUGCUGGAGCUUUGAAAAUGUACGUUUUGUUCCUUUUCUAAUCACAAAGGAUCAACUUUGUCACUUUUCACAUCAGCUCUAAUUUUUCCAUAUUCUGAAUAUAUUAAGUUGAGUUGUUAAAAUACAAAUGUUUUAAAUAUAAUUUGAUUCUGAGUAAAUUCAAUUUUAUGUUGAUUUUAUACUAAAAAUAUUAAAAUUGAGUUCCUUUUGGGAAUGUGCAAA